CUUCCGCAGCGAGUCGAAAAGAAACGCAGCGACUGAAGAGAGAGGAGGAGGAGAGGAGGAGGAAGAAGGGUGAUGGGAGCGUAUCCCCUUUGAGUGACCCCGCAUCUGACUGCAGACUCACAUCAUUUAGCUGUUCCACCUCGAGGACCGUUCUCCACCAAGAUGUCGGCGUCGGCAAUAUUUAUCCUCGACCUGAAGGGAAAGGUGCUAAUCUGCCGUAACUACAUGGGCAACAUGGACAUGAAUGAGAUUGACCACUUCAUGCCCAUGCUGAUGAAGAGAGAAGAGGAGGCUGAGAUGGCGCCUCUCAUCAGCCGUGGUUCCUCACACUUCCUGUGGAUCAAACACAGCAACCUUUACUUGGUGGCGAUGACAAAGAAGAAUGCAAACGCUUCCCUGGUGUACUCCUUCCUUUAUAAAAUCGUACAGGUAUUUAAGGAGUACUUUAAGGAGCUCGAGGAGGAGAGCAUUCGGGACAAUUUUGUGACGGUGUACGAGCUGAUGGACGAAGUGAUGGACUUCGGUUUCCCUCAGACAACCGACAGCAAGAUUCUACAAGAGUACAUCACCCAGCAGGGUCAUAAAUUAGAUAUCGGAGCUCCGAGACCUCCAGCCACCGUCACUAAUGCCGUGUCCUGGCGGUCAGAGGGCAUCAAGUACAGGAAGAACGAAGUCUUCAUGGAUGUCAUUGAGUCAGUAAAUCUACUGGUGAGCGCGAAUGGCAGCGUCCUGCAGAGCGAAAUCGUGGGCAACGUUAAGCUGAAAGUAGUCCUCUCGGGGAUGCCUGAACUCAGACUGGGCCUCAACGACAAAGUGCUGUUUGAAAUAACAGGCAGAGAGAAAAGUAAGACAGUGGAGCUGGAGGACGUGAAGUUUCAUCAGUGCGUCCGUCUGUCGCGCUUCGAGAACGACCGCACCAUCUCUUUCAUCCCCCCCGACGGCGAGAGCGAGCUCAUGUCCUACCGCCUCAACACCACAGUCAAGCCUCUCAUAUGGAUCGAGAGUGUGAUUGAGAAGUUCUCUCACAGCCGCGUGGAGAUCAAGGUGAAGGCCCGGAGUCAGUUCAAGAGCCGAUCCACUGCCAAUAAUGUGUCCAUUCUGGUGCCAGUGCCCAGUGAUGCUGACUCACCCAAGUUCAAGACCAGCACAGGCAGCGCCAAGUGGGUGCCCGAGAAGAGCGCGGUGGAGUGGAACAUCAAGUCUUUCCCGGGUGGGAAGGAGUACAUGAUGCGAGCGCACUUUGAGCUUCCCAGCGUGGACAGCAACGAGCUGGAAGCAAAGAGACCAAUCACAGUUAACUUUGAGAUCCCUUAUUUCACCGUUUCUGGGAUUCAGGUACGUUACCUGAAGAUCAUAGAGAAGAGCGGUUACCAGGCAUUACCAUGGGUGCGCUACAUCACACAAAGUGGAGAUUACCAGCUCCGGACAAACUAAAGGGCACAGACGCUGCUAGACGAAUGGAUAUUUUCUCUAUGUCUGUCUGUCUUCUCCUCUCCUCUCCUCUAUUUCUCUGGCUCCCCGUCUGCAACGGACCUCAGAGGUCAAGUGAAGGACAACGCAGGAAAGUGUUUCCUACUCUAAACGGAAGCGAGACCUCCUCCCUUCCUCUAAGACAUUCUCAACUCAGACGGGAAAGUCUGUCGCGUCAACUGUGACUUUUUAAACGGCUCCUCAGGACUCCAGAACAUCCUUUUCAAACAUACUAAUAACUAAACUGAUCAUUUUGUGACACCGUCUGGUUCUGGCAAGUUCUCGUUCCCUCGCUUUUGAUCCUAACCUUGAGGUUAACAUGAAGCUUAAUUCUGAAGGAAAACACAUUUUGAAGCAAGUUUUGCUAAUUUUUAAAUACUGCAAAACACAGGAUUCAGAGCAUUAUCCUUUGGAUGCUCGUUGUGUGCACCGAGAUGUGUAGCUUUUUACUGUCUAACGCACAAACCAAACGGUCGUGUUGUGCCAACAUAGAGUAAGUGUGAGGCGUCAUUUCUCAAAGGAACAUGAUUAUUCUGAAUCAAAAGUGUGCCGUGCACUCUGUUGGAUGUUAUUCUUUUCCUUUGGGAUUGUAUUUGCUUCAUGCUGGACUUAAACCACUCCACAACUUCUUAGAACAUCAUUCAGCAGCUUUAACUGCAACGUUUUUAUCGCUCAUGGUUUGUCCUUAAUAACCACUUUAUGACCCAUACAUUUUAACUCGGCUGUUAAUCCGCCUCCCUCUCAAAGGCAUAUGUUUUGUAGCAACCUUUAUAUUAUAUAUUAAAUGCCUUAAAAAUUGCCUGUAUCAUCACCUUUAGUGCUGGGAACAUAAUCCCCAGUGCAGUGAAACUAACACCAGCGACCAGAUCAAUGAUUAAUAAGAAACUAUAUUGUCAUAAGCACUGGCAAUGUAACAUGAUACCGUCUGCUCGCUCUCAUGGGGCCUGUAACCUUGUGCUUGUGCUGGAAAUCAGCUUGCAGCUUUGAGAUAGAGACCAAAGGAAUGAGCACGGUGCAGAAUCUUUUGUCAUACUUCUAUCUGAUGUUUAUAAUAUUCUAGUACGUCCCCUGUGGCAAACGUUUGGAGGGCAAAACAGGGGCUUGAGGAGAGUGGGCAGGAGAAAGGUUAAAUAACCUGCAGGGAUUUUGAGAAUAUUGACUAUGUUGAACUAAUUGUUUAACCACAACUCAUUUUUUCAUAUCUUUGACCACUGAAGACCCAUUGACCUCUGCAGAGCAGAUUGUGGUGUGAUCGGCAUUCUCUGUUACAGCUGCAUUGCCAACAGCAAGGAAGACAAAAACCUUCUUACAAUCGUUGUCUUAUUAUAUUUUAUUAUCAUGGGUGAGGACAUUUCUGACACCAAUGAGUUGUUAAUAAAUGUGUUCACAUGUGUUUUCAUCAAUUGAUCAACUACUAUUUGUUGAUAGGAAGCAAAGGGAAAUAUUUGGAAAUAAAAAAAUGGUAUGUUUUGGAA